AUGUAUGGUCUGAAACCUCCACCUGGCCAUAGCACUUAUCCUGAAUAUGUCAAGAAAUGGCGAGAAUCGAUGUCCGAAGCAUACCAACUUGCAUCUGAAAAGGCCGAAAAGAACGCUACGAGUGGGAAAGUGCAAUAUGACAAGAAAGCGAAGAGUACGAGUCUACAACCCGGUGAUCGUGUGUUAAUACGAAAU